UAUGACAGAAGUUUUGCAUUUGCUAUUGGUCCAGAUGGCCUGUGCUGUCAGAGCAGAGAGUUCAAAGAGUGGCAUGGCUGUCGUUCCACCAAAGCAGUCACAAAAGGGAAGUAUUAUUAUGAAGUAGCCUGUCAUGAUCAAGGGCUGUGUAGGGUGGGCUGGUCCACUGCCCAGGCAUCACUGGACUUGGGAACAGACAAAUAUGGAUUCGGCUUUGGGGGAACUGGAAAGAAAUCUAACAAUAAGCAGUUUGAUAGUUAUGGAGAGGAGUUCACUAUGCACGACACCAUCGGAUGCUACAUAGAUCUGCAUAAAGGCCAAAUGUCAUUCUCUAAAAAUGGUAAUGAUCUGGGUCUGGCUUUUGAGAUCCCUCCACAGCUGAAAAACCAGCCCUACUUUGCUUCCUGUGUGCUGAAGAAUGCUGAACUGAAAUUUAACUUUGGUGAUGAACCUUUCAAAAACCAACCUAAAGAUGGAUACGUGGCCGUGAACCAGGCUUCAGACGGUCAUGUGGUCAAAUCCAGCCAGACACGCAGUGCUAAAGUGAGUCAGGUCAAAUCCAGUUCUAACGCCCCCAGAGCUCUCAUCAUUGAGCCGUCUAAAGAGCUGGCUGAACAAACCCUCAAUAAUGUCAACCAGUUUAAGAAAUAUGUUGAUAACCCCAAACUGAGGGAUCUUCUGAUCAUUGGAGGAGUGGCUGCUAAAGAACAGCUCUCAGUUUUAGAAAGUGGAAUUGAUAUUGUGGUUGGGAUCCCAGGCAGACUGGAUGAUCUCAUAUCCACAGGAAAGCUUGAUCUUUCCCAAGUCCGUUUCCUGGUGCUGGAUGAGUGUGAUGGACACUUGUCAGCUGGCUACACUGACUUCAUCAAGAGGGUCCACAACCAGAUCCCACAGGUCACUUCAGAUGGCAAAAGACUCCAGGUGAUUGUUUGCUCUGCUACACUGCACUCAUUUGAUGUCAAGAAGCUCUCUGAGAAGAUCAUGCAUUUCCCCACAUGGGUGGAUCUGAAAGGAGAAGAUUCUGUACCAGAAACGGUGGUGCCAGUCAACGCAAAAACUUUCAGGCUUUGGGAGAGAAUGGGGAAGAACCACAUUAGGACUGAUGAAGUUCAUGCCAAGGAUGACACACGACCUGGAGCCAACACUUCAGAGAUGUGGUCAGAGGCCAUUAAGAUUCUGAAGGGAGAGUAUGCGAUCAGAGCCAUUAAGGAGCAUAAGAUGGAUCAGGCCAUCGUCUUCUGCAGGACAAAGAUCGACUGUGACAACAUGGAGCAGCACUUAAUCAAACAGGGAGGAGGUCCAGACUAAAAUGGACACCAGUUUUCUUGUGUCUGUCUUCAAAAUGAGCGCAAAUAUAACUUGGAGCGAUUCAAGAAACAGGAAGUGAAGUUUCUGAUUUGCACAGAUGUGGCUGCUAGAGGCUUCGACAUUCAUGGUGUUCCUUAUGUGAUAAAUGUGACUCUACCAGAUGAGAAGCAGAACUAUGUUCAUCGCAUUGGAAGAGUCGGCAGAGCGGACAGGAUGGGUUUGGCUAUAUCACUGGUUGCUAUGGAGAAAGAGAAGGUGUAGUACCAUGUUUGUCCCAACAGAGGAAAAGGCUGUUAUAACACCAGACUCAAAGAGAAUGGAGGAUGUACUAUUUGGUACAAAGAGAAAGAGUUGUUGUCAGAAAUUGAGGAACAUUUGAAAUGCACCAUUACUCAGUGUGAACCGGACAUCAAAGUACCUGUGGAUGAAUUUGAUAGCAAAGUGACUUACGGCCAGCGCAGGGCUGCAAGGGGUGAGUGUACCUCUCAGGUGUCCUGUUUGUAUAUUUUUCAUUCAUUGUGUCUGUUACUUAUCUCUGUAUCUAUUUCCUCUCACACACCCCAGGUGGUCUCUACAAGGGGCAUGUGGAUAUACUGGCCCCGACUGUACAGGAACUGGCCAGUCUGGAGAGAGAGAGAGGCACAAACUUCCUUCCUUCAUCUCAGCUAUCUACCCAACCAACUCUUUAAAGCCUUCUAGAGCACACUUGCAUGCGCCAAACUGAAAUAAUCGCAAAGGAAGACACUACAGGACAAGAACAAGUCACUAGCUUUACAAAAUAAAUAUAUUUAAUUUCUAGAUUCAUGAGGUUUGACAUGCAAAGGAAAUUUGAUUUACUGUGUUUUCUUUGUUUUAAAUUUAAGAAAUGCUAAAAAAAAAAAAAAAAAAAAAACUUUUGUUUUUUCCAAAGCACUAAAGAUGCAUUCAUGCAAAUUAACCUGAAAUAAAUUCAAACAGCAUGAUU